AUGCUUAUUGAAGUUGUUGAUAUGUAUAUGCCAUUGAAUCACAAGCGUGUCAAAAAGCAAAAUCAACCAGCAUGGAUGAGCGAUGAAAUCAUGAAUUCAAUACGAAAUAAAGAUAAUUUACUGAAAAAAGCUCGUAAGUCAAACAUCCCGGCCGACUGGGCUUUGUAUAAACAUGCCAGAUGCAAAACUACAAAUAUGAUUAAAUUCUAUAAACGACAAUUUAUUCAAGAAUCAAUAGAAAAUAAUCAAGGAAAUCCUAUGGGAAUUUGGAAAGUGCUAAAAUCGUUAAGUGGGAAGAAAAAUAAUCCAAUAACAAUAGAUGAAUUAAAGGUCAAUGAUGCGGUAGUAAAAGAUAAAGCCGAAAUUGCUGAAGCAAUGAAUGACGCUUUUAUUAAUAUUGCCUCUAGAAUCAGUCAAGGUAAUCAAAAUAAUGCCGAAUUUGAUGGGGGAAAAUUAGUCGAUUUUGUAAAGCUAAAGAUUGGUAAGAAUUGUUUUGAAAUUCCACCGAUUACGUCAACACAGGUACUGGCUGCAUUGAAUAGCAUGCCAACUAACAAAUCCACUGGUUGUGAUGGCCUAAGUGCUACAAUCAGUGACAAAAGGUUUUUGGACAGUGGUAUAAUAUAUACAUAUCUCCGCAUUUCCAAAUACUGUUCAGCAUAAAGCCACUAUCCCUCCCUCCCCCACCCUAAACAAUGUUGGGUGGCUGGCAAGGAACAUUUUGCGCAGGUAUUUCCACACACAACAUAGAAAGGGGGGUGCGGGGGGUCGAUUGUUUUGUAAAUGUACGCUCUUUUGCUAUUUUGUCCAAAGUGUUUUGUCACUGAUUGUCCGAAACGGUAUUUUAAGCAAAAUUAAAAUUUCAGUUUUAGAAGCUAGAAUUACUUGUAUUUUAUAGUAUUACCAAUGGUGUUUACAAAUAUAAUAGAUACCGUUUUUUUGGUGAGCGUAAACAUGGUUAAUUUGCGCAUACAUUGUAUGUUAUUAUUCUAGUUUAAUCAUAAUGCGUUCAUGCACGUUUCCAGAACCAGUCCAACAUUGGGAAUUUCGUAGUUUGGAACUGCAAGCGAAACUAAUAGAGCAAUCUGGAAUUUAGGGCAGGUAAACACGUUCGGAAGCAUUUGCAAUUAUCUUUAAGUGCUUAUUACGUUACUUUUGUGGAGAAUGUAACGUCAUCGGUAACAUCCGGAUUAAUCUCAAAGCUGUAGUAUUAUAAAGCGCACAGUAUGCAUGCUAUAAAUAAGAGCUAGUUAUAUAGAAACAAAGUAAUAAUGGCAUAUAAAAAAACUAUUUCAGAUACAACGCGAGCGUAUGUGCUAUUUCUUGGUAAAGAGAAACGAUAUUCCUGCAGAGCGAUUGCUAAAAAAGCAAGAAUAUCUAAAGCGUCAGUCUCUCUUAUUCUGAGAGGAAAAGUUCAGCGCAAGCAAGAUUUGAAAACAUGCAAGAAAAUUGGUAGACCAAAGAAGCUGUCAGAUAGAGAUCGGAGAAAAUUAAUAAGAACAAUAAAAACUCUGCGUGAUAAAGACCCAAAUUUUACUGUUAAGCGCUUGGUUGCGCACAGCGGACUGCUGUCACGUGAUAUUUCGUAUCGGACAUUUUAUCGUGAGGUGAAAGCAGCUGGAUUUGAUUAUCUACCUGCGCGUAAAAAGGGGGUUUUAACAAGCCGUGAUCGCACGAAAAGAAAGUCGUUUGCGCAACAAUGCAAGAAGAUCCUUUCCACAAAGCCCGGAUUCUUCUCGCGAAAUAUUGCCUUCUAUUUAGACGGGGUUUCUUUUGUUUAUAAGACACAGCCUCUUAGUGACGCUUUAGCCCCUAGAGGGCGUGUAUGGAGAAGAAAGAGCGAGGGUUUACAAUUGACGGCAAAAGGAUCUAAAACCCUUGCGGGUGGAAAACGGCUUCACUUACUGGUCGCAAUUUCUCACAACAAUGGGGUUGUAUUGGUAGAAGAAUAUGAGAAAAUGACCGGUACCUAUUUCGCUGAGUUCGUAAAAAAUAAUUUCCAGCACUACUAUCGCCCAAGCGUAGACGAAAAUGGUUCAUAAUGGACAAAGACCCGUCUCAGCGAAGCCUAGCAGCUAAGACAGCUAUAAAGGAAGAGGGAUGUGAGUUAUUUUGUAUCCCAGCGAGAUCUCCAGACUUAAAUCCAAUAGAAAACAUGUUUCACAUAGUUAAAAAGCAGCUUGAUGCUCAAGUUAGAGACUCACAGAUUGUGCGUGAGACAUGGGAACAAUUUAAGACUAGAGUUAUAAAAAGUUUAUAUAAUGUUUCUGUAGAUUAUGUAAAUAAUAUUAUCACAAGCAUGCCUAAGCGAAUACACGCUGUAUUGCAGGCUGACGGCUUUAGAACAAAAUACUGACAAAGUUACUAUGACAACGGAUUGUAUAUCGUAUUUCCGUAUCAACGAAUCCCACACAUGUUCGCGCAAUAAUUUCCAUAUUUUCUCACAUAUAUAUGAUCGUUGUUGGGAAUUUAAACACACAGUUGCGUGCGUAAGGAAUACAUUAAUACUUUGGCUUCAAAUACGCGUGCGUUUCGUUAUAAAAGACAGAGAAAAUGGGUUAAAAGUUGACGAAUCCCACUUUUCUAUUUACUAAUUAUGAUGUCAUAUUUCAACUUACUAUAAAUAGUGGGAAUCGUUCGACGAAAGUCGGAAUUUCAUGGAAUCAAAUUGAUUUCGCUCGAAGUUAACCACAUAAUCAAUUCCUUUGACAUAUUUACAAUAAGCUAAGAGAGAAAAACAGCAAGAAUUGUUGAACUUAAUUCCCUUUUCUACAUAAAAUGUGACUGGGAUUCGUGUGGGAUUCGUUGAUGCGUCAUAAGCCACUUAGGUAGGGAUGACCAGAAUACAUAUUUGUUAACACCUUAAUGUAGCCUACGUUAAAUUAAAAUACAUCAUUCAUAGAUCACUGUUCGGUGUAUAAUAUUAACUCAGCAAAGCAACGAGCGCAAGCCGCAAUGUUUCUUUGUUCAUCACGCGGAAUUUGUCUAUGAAGCGGAAACAUUCGCCAUCUUACAUUCAUCAUUUCUGUGUUCACGCGAUCAAUAGAUCCAUUGUUAAUUAAAAUAAGUGGGGCGUCACUCGUUGCAAAGAAUGGCGUGUCCCUCUCGAGAACAAUAUAUUUGCUCAUCUGAUUUUUCGGGGCUGGAAAAUGAACCGUGUCACCUUCUAAGACCUGCAAAAACUCGCAUCACGGUAUAAGGGAUGGUUUCCCCAACCCUACAUUUUAAGCCAUUUAUACGUGUAUGAAUUUAUACCUAUAUCACGCUUAACUGAAAUUACUUUAUUAUGAGCCGACCAGCCAAAUAAUGGGUAAACAUUUGUUUAGGUACUUGGUAAAUUUAAAUUUUUAAUCAAGGCUGAACAUGUAAUAAAUACUUGAUAUUUAUGAUACAAUAUUCUGCCAGUUGCAUACAAUCAGUGACAAAAGGUUUUUGGACAGUGGUAUAAUAUAUACAUAUCUCCGCAUUUCCAAAUACUGUUCAGCAUAAAGCCACUAUCCCUCCCUCCCCCACCCUAAACAAUGUUGGGUGGCUGGCAAGGAACAUUUUGCGCAGGUAUUUCCACACACAACAUUGAACGGGGGGGUGCGGGGGGUCGAUUGUUUUGUAAAUGUACGCUCUUUUUUUCUAUUUUGUCCAAAGUGUUUUGUCACUGAUUGUAGAAUACUAAAGUUAGCAGCACCGGUAUUGUCUCAACCUUUUGCCGCCUUAUGAAUUACUCCAUAUCAUCGGGUACUUUUCCUAUCAAAUGGAAAACCGCGAAAGUAACACCCCUACAUAAAAGUGGAUCUCGUGAUGAUGCAGAUAAUUACCGUCCGAUUUCGAUACUUCCUGUUAUCUCUAAAGUGCUUGAAAAACAUGCGGCCACAUCGUUCUACAAGUACCUCCAAGAUCAUAACCUUCUCUAUAAAUUCCAGUCAGGUUUUCGUGCUAACCACUCGACAGAGACAGCAUUAAUAAACCUUGUUGAUGGAUUCCUUUUUAACAUGGAUGACGAUAAGGUUACAUGUUUGACAUUUAUUGACUUUAAAAAGGCUUUCGACCUUAUAAAUAAAUCACAAAACUCUGCUGAAAAAGCUUGCAAUUUAUGGGGUAGACGGAUCAUCAAUUGCCUGGUUUACAUCGUAUCUAUCCGACGGAAAACAGUUUGUUAA